UUAAUUUUGGUUUUAUUCAUGAAAAGAUAUAAAUGCAUUAUGAGUUAACGUAUGAAUUAUGAAUAAUGGCUUUAAGUUUUGCCAAGAAGUAUGGAGUUGUCACAAUAUCUACAAAUACAUUAGUACAGUUACUAUAUUUUUGAUCUAACAUUGGUUUCGUUGACCAACAGAGCAAUACUAUUGCAAACCAAAAAUAAAGCACAUACUUUCACUAACCUUUUUAAAACCUUUUAAGAAAAGCCAUGCAGUUUGUUUCAUAUCCAUGGAGAAAAAUACUUAGCUGGGAAUAAAUGUGUUAAAUUAAUAUUACAAGUGCAUUAAACGUCAUUCAUAAUGCAUCAGAAGACCAGAGAAAUUAUACAAUUCAUUGAGAGAAACCAUUCAUAAUUAUUAUUAGACAUAAAAGGCUGUAAAAAGCAGACUGAGAACUGAGAAUCCAGAGAUUCAAGAAAUAGCAAAAUUUCAUUGAACUGAAUCAGUUCAGAGUGGCUUCACUCUAAAUAUAGUGGUAACAUGACGUUCAACGGUAGUUUCAAAAUCCUCAUUACAAACCACUUCUGUGGAAAAAUCGCCCUCCUCUUCACAGCUGCAGCAUGUGCUGCUUAACCACCGACGUCCAACACACUCAUUAUGAGGACGAGCUGCCAUUCGACUACUAGUUCAUACUAUAAACCUGAUACAGUCUGUACAGCUAACAAAUAAUGGAGCAACUCAACAAACUCACAGCUCCUGCUACUGUUAAACUUAGGCAACUCCAAAAAAUAGUUCAAGAUAUAAAAAAGAAUGACGACAGCCUUUUCAACAGAUUAAAAAGGUUUCAGAACGAACAAACAGCUAAUAUUCUCAAAACCGGGAGAAGUACGCUGGACCGAAUAAAGAAGAAAGGACCUCCAAAAGUACCAGCAAGAGACUAUCAAGGCGAGGCUCCGGAUACUGAGAAGUACUCUGACUCAGAUUUUGUAAGUGCGCUGGUUUACUUCAGUAAUGUCACAUCUCAGGCUGAUGAAGAAUUCACAGUUCACUUACGGGAGAAAUAUAUAAAUGACAGUGACACAUAUGAGGAGCCACAAGGUGAGCAUGACGACAGCUAUGAGCCUCCACCGAGGUCAGAAGGACGCGGUGUGAAGGCCUUUACCGUCGGCCCGUCCAUUACAAACCCCAGAGGAGAGUAUGUGGACAGCAUUCGUGGUCGGCCGGCAAAACCAAACACUCCUUUCCAUCUGCAACAGAGGCACAAACCCCCGCGACCAACCCACCGCAGUCUGGCAGAGGAAGAUGAUGGCGAUUACAUUGAGCCAGAGGACGAAAUGGAUGAAGAUAAUUACAUUGACCCCACUGAGAAAACACUAACAAAGCCGGCGGUUAACAGAGGGGUCAAACCUUGUGUUCCUACUCGAGGAAACGGUCCGGAUUUCUAUGAAGCUGACAUGAAGGAGAAUUCGCAGUCUAAGAAAAGCAGAAGUAAUGCGACUCUUCAGCCGAACAUGCAGAUGGCGCCCCCUAAAGCCAGUCCACGAAUGCACACCAGAAGGCCAACAAUGACUCCAGAACAAUCAGAGGACGAGUAUGAGGUGUGUGACGCAGAUGAAAGUGUUAACGAAAGACCCGAGGAGACCACGGAUGCCCGGAGAACAUCAAUACCGACACCUCGGCCUAGAGACCUGAAGAAACCAAAUCCUGCUUCGAUACCGAAACCAAGCAUUCUUCAAAGAGAGAGUGAAGUCUCAUCAACUAAAACAUCAUCAUUAGCUGUAUCACGAAGCCCACCGGACACCAUGGUGAACCCAUCGCCAACGGGGUUCCAUCGAGCCAAGAUGCCUCUGCCUCGACAGCUUCCCUCCCAGAGCAGAGGGACGUUGCCUUCAGACAGCAGAUCAGCUAGAGAUGCUGAGGAGGAAGCUGGUGUGUAUAAAAAGGUUUGGUAUGCCAGCAGCUGUGACCGCAAGACAGCAGAGGACGCUCUCAUACGCUCAGCUAAGGAUGGGUCUUUUCUACUCAGGAAGAGCUCUGGUGUAGAUGCACAGCAGCCGUACACCCUGGUGGUGUUUUACAACAGCAGAGUUUACAACAUCCCUGUCCGCUACAUCGCUUCCAACAAACAAUAUGCUUUGGGGAAAGAAAAACAAGGAGAAGAGCGUUUCAGCAGCGUUUCUGACAUUAUUGAGAACCACCAGAAGAAUCCUCUAGUGCUGGUUGACUCGCAGAGCAACACCAAAGACUCCACCAAACUCAGGCAUGCAGUGAAGCCAUGAAACAACAAGAACGUGAAUCUGAAGAUGCUGCAGCCUGACAAAUAUAACUGUACUGACAUUCAACUGUGUAACAGUUUCACAUCUUACCUUAAUAGUAGAUGAUGGAAACACAUCCACGCUUGCAAAGCUAGGACUUGCUGCUACUUUUAUAACUUAUUUUACUAAAUGACAGGUAACGGGCAGUUCGCACAGGACGCGCUCGUGCUUUCGAAAACAGCAGCGUAGCAGAAUGAAAACAACGCGGUGUGCAAGAGCGUGAGACGCCGAAGCAGCGCAACGGUGAAAGAAGUCAGAGUUGCGCAUGUUUACAUAGAGAAAUGAUUUAAAAAUACAGCGCACUAGAACACAAAACACGUUCUGUGCAAACCAUCCUGAAAAAGCAGAGAAGAGUGUGAUGUUAAGCCUAUAUGAAAAUAUGCAAAUAAGGUACAGUUGUACAGUUUAUGUUUAUGUGUUGUUGAAUCGUAAACAUUUUGUUUUACCAAGGUGUGUGCAGUGAAAAUAAAUAUGAAACUUUUUACUUAAAA